AUGGAUCAGGAUUUUCAAAGCCCAAUUGUUGAAGAAGAAGUCAUACCUUCAGAAGGAGCUCAAGCUUCAGGAAGCUCAUUUGAAACACCUGAGCUGGACAUCUCCAAAGGCAAAAGCAAGUUGCCUGAAUCUAAAUUUGUUGAUGUCGUUCAGCUUCAUACCAGAGUCUUUGAUCUGGAACAAAACUCUGCUGAAAAAGAUUUGAAGUUUGGUGAUGAAUUUCAACCCUUGAGCGCUGAAGGAGAAAAGAUCACUGCUUCUAUUUUAGGUCCCGCCAAUCCAACUUCACAAUCUUCAAGUGAAAGGGCUGCAAGACCUGCUGCAGAUGCUAACCUUGAUACAUUUUUAUCUUCUGGUUCUCUUUCUGCUCAAGAAAGAAAAGAGAGAAGCAAAUUAGGGUUGAGUAGCUGA